CCAUCGCAUACACUUUGGCCGCAAACCGUCCUCAUACAUGAUAAGGCAUGCGCAGGGUCAUAUCAAAAAUGUCCACCGACGCUCACUUGCCCAAAGGGUCCUUCGACACCAUCAUCAUCGGAGCUGGAAUUGCCGGCCUGGCUUGCGCAUCGAGACUACGGACGAGCAAUGCUCAAUCAAAGCUCUGCGUCCUGGAAGCGCGAGAUCGUAUAGGUGGCCGGAUUGGCUCUGUCUGGGUCAACGGCAGUCGAUUAGAUGUCGGGGCGAAUUGGAUCCACGGCACUGGAACCGAGGAAGAACCCAAUCCGCUGAUGGACAUCUUACCUCACAAACGGUACAGGGAGCUCUCGCGAACCGUAGCUUUCCGGCCAGCAGCUUUGGACAAGGCGCAAAAGCAGGUCCCGAGUCCUGGUACAGAUGAGAACGACGAGUGGGAGGAUCUCGGUCCCGCUCUUGCCACCACUGUCUCCGAAGACUUGGUCAUCCCCGCAAGCUCCGCGGCAGCCUUAACGGGGACGCUGUAUGGAACUAUCGGAGCAUUGCAUGAGUUUGCUGCAGACACCUCAUCUUCCGAGGCUAGUCGAACAAGUAUGCUGUCUGCUCUUACGCAAUCUGAAGCCUUCCGUCGCGGUUUCGAUGCGGUGGAGCCCGAUCUUCAUCCAGUGCUGAGCGGGAUGCCUCAAUUCAUUGAGAAUAUGGAGGCGGCGCCCCUCGCUGCACAAUCCGCGGAACACACCGAAGGCACCCCGGGUAUGAGUCUUGCGGAGUUUGCAAUCGACGAUUUCGACGGUGGCCAGGUCUUUCUUCAGGACGGAUACCUGGCAAUCGUUCAAGAAAUUGCCAAACCCCUCAUUGACGCCGGAUCGAUCCAUACGGGCGUCGAAGUCCAGCAGAUAGACUGGACAGCCAACCCUAUUUCUGUCGUUACCUCUAAAGGUGUAUAUCAUGCUAAAAACGUGGUGUGCACAAUACCUCUGGGCGUGCUCAAGCAUCGAAUUCGGGAAUCAACAUCUUCAUUGCCGCUAUUCAACCCUAGCCUACCAAAGGAGAAGACCCAAGCAAUUUCGUCUCUUGGCUUUGGAACUCUCGACAAAGUGUUUCUAGUAUAUUCGGAGCCGUGGUGGACCAUGGACCCUUUCAAGUCGAUUGUGAAGAAGGGAGUGUACCGACGGCCAUUCACCUCAGGCAAAGAUGAAGACUCAGACUCUGGAAACGGUUCCCAAGAACCAGAUUCAUUCAUGGGCUUCACCCACGAGCUAGCCGGCUUCUCCAUUUCUCAAAGCGGAGAAGUGACCAUCGGCCCGCGACUCCUGUCCAUCGUCAAUCUCCACUCUCUGUGCGGCUUCCCUGCCCUCUGCGCAUUCUUGUCGUGCUCGAACGCCGCACAAAUGGAAGCACUGUCCGAUGAGAAAGUAGCCGCCAUCGUCCAGCGAUCCUUGACGGCAUGGUUCGGCAGGUCGCUUCCUAAACCAGACGCAGUUCAUCUAACUCGGUGGGCGAGCGAUCCAUACGCUCUUGGUAGCUACACCCACAUGAUCACCGGGUCGUCCAAGACGGAGCAUCGGGAGGAGUUUCAGAAACCUCUAGGGAACGAGCACGGUGGACAGCUAAGCUUUGCGGGAGAGCAUACGAGCAAGAACCACUUUGCCACUGUCCACGGAGCUCUGCUAAGCGGCUGGAGAGAAGCCGACAACAUUAUUAGCUCCGCGGGGCUUAGUUGAUCAAUGUGUGUCUAAACAACCUGGUACUCCGCUCUGGAUGGAGACUCUGGAUAUAAGAACAACGACCCACACAGACAUUCACUUUCCGCCGCUAACCAGCGCCGGCCUCUGACUCCUCCCCGCCAACCUCGAGC